ACGGUACCGCCUCUGCCGUCGGUCCAACCAAGUUGGACAACAUGCCGUUUUCAAACGAGACGCACCGCAGCAACUUUCUCUCAGUGUCCGGGUGUUCAUGAUCAUCUGCGGCGUUUCCUCGACAGAAACACAAACGCCACAUGGUCGACGCUGAAUCCUGAAACCUGGAAUGUGGACGAGACUCACCUGAGACCUGGACUACUAAAGGUUUAGAAGUAACUUACAAACAGGCUGCCUCUUGUUUGGGAGAAGUACCCCGGCGUUUGAUUAAAAUGGGUGCCCUGUGGACGAACUGCAUUUUCCUCCUGGUGUGUUGCUGUGGAUCAGGCUUUGGAAGCCCAAACAAAUGCGACGAAGUGCGCAAAGUUUUCCAACUCAGGCAAAUUGGACCCAGCCAAUUAUUGCCUGUAAGUCCCAGACCAGGUUCCGACCUUCAGGUGUGCAUGUCCAAGAACCUGACCUGCUGCACCAAAAAGAUGGAGGAGAAGUACCAGGUGGCAGCCCGGAGAGACAUCCAGAACCUUAUCCAAAUGUCCAGCACCAGCCUGAAGUUUCUCAUCUCACGCAACGUGGCUGCUUUUCAAGAGACUUUUGAGGUCCUGAUGAGGCAGGCGGAGAAUCACACCAUUGCCACCCUUCAAGAGUCGUACCGCAGCAUGGCUGAUCAGGCUGCGGGCCCUGUGCGGGAACUCUUCACUGACAUCGGCCUCUUCCUGCUGGGGUCCGAGCUCAGCGUCGACGACUUAGUGCAGCGAUUCUUUGACGCUCUCUUCCCGCUGGUCUACAACCACCUCAUCAACCCGGGCCUCAGCGACAUAUCACCAGGAUACGCUGAGUGUGUGAGGUCAUCGAGUCGUGAAGUGAGACCUUUCGGUGGGGCGCCCGGCCAACUGGCUGAUCAGAUUUCUCGCUCCGGGGUCUCUGGGAAGCUGCUUCUUCAGGCACUGCACCUUGGCAUCGAGGUCAUUAAUACUACAGACCACUUACAGCUGAGCCGCGAGUGCAGGCGGGCCCUGCUCAAGAUGCACUACUGUCCUCACUGCCAGGGCUUAACACAGUCCAAGCCCUGCAUGGGAUACUGCCUCAAUGUGAUGAGGGGCUGCUUGGCGAGCAUGGCCGAGAUUGACGCCCACUGGAGGGAGUUUGUUCGCUCACUGGAGGGCCUGUCGGUACGGAUGCAGGGGCCUCAGGAUUUAGAGCAAGUACUUCUGGGAGUUCACACGCUGCUUCAUGAUGCUGUCGGGCAAGCUCAGAAAAAUGGACCUCGCCUUUCAGCACAGGUGCACAAACUGUGUGGCCCAGUGAGCAGGAAGCCUGCACAGUCAGUCAGCAUCCAGCACAGCAGCAGCAGCAGAGAAUCCAUCCCUCUCAAAGGUCCCAUCAAAGUGUCUGGAGACUCGCUCGCUGUCAGGAGAAGGGACUUUCUGAACAGUCUACGUCACUAUCGUACCUACUACGGUGGCCUGGCAGAUCAGCUGUGUGUGAGUGAACUGGUCUUUGGUGAUGGGCUGUCCUGCUGGAAUGGAACGGACAUUGUGAAAAGUUAUACCCUCCGUGUGGUCGGCAAUGGGAUCAAAGCUCAGAGUGCCAACCCUGAAGUUAAAGUGAAGGAGGCAGAUCCUGUGAUAAAUCAAAUCAUUGACAAACUGAAACACAUCAAUCAGCUGUUGCAGGGAAAGUCCAUUCCUAAACUGGGGUCAUUGGAUCAGAUUGAAACAGGCAGUGGAGACGCAGAGGGACAUUACAGCGGUGACUGCGAUGAUGAGGACGGUUGCGUUGGUUCGGGUGGUGGUGAGGUUAAAAGGAAAGUCUCCAGAGUCUCCAAAAUGAGUCCAGAUGUGAGUGGUGAUCACAAACAUCAUCAUCAUUAUCAUCAUCAUCCACCUGUCGAGGACUCAGAAAUGGAGGGCAGAUCCAGGGGCCUCAGACUGACAGGAGCCAUCUGGGUCUUGAUAUUGCCUUGUUUACAUAUGCUCCUGGCCUUGUAACAGCUGCCUUUUUUGCAGCAUGAAACUUUCAAGACUUGAUUUCAAGCUUAUUUAUCCAGAAAUGAAAGGGCCAGUGGAUGUAACAUGCUCCGGUAUGUAAUGGAGCACCACUUCCACCCACUGAAGAACACGGUAGGAGUGAAUUAAUUGAAUGGAAAUGACAUGACACUGUGUGCUGUGCCUCUGUAGGACAAUAUAUGGUUCAGCUUUGCAAAUAUUAACUGAUUAUUUUUAGUCAGUUACCUGGCAUUCAUUAACUCUAAUAAUAACUUACGUAGCUGAUUAAAAAAAAUAACUACAGCAUAUACAACAUGGAAAAGUUUUGUAUUAAUUUAAUUGUAUAUCUUCAUAUAAUAUAUAUGAUCUGUAGAUACAUAUAAGCAUUAAUUUGCUUCUGCAUAUCACACUUUAAUGCACUCUACAGUACAGGUUGUUUUACAACUGCUCUGAAAAGAGUCAAAUAACCUAAAAGGUUAACUUUGGUUUUGGAUUUGAAAUUGAAAAAAAUCUCCUGCAUUUGCAAUAUUUGUGCAAGCUCAAAUUAAAUUGGCCUCCUAUUCCUAUACCAUCCUAGGAAUGCCUUCUGACUACAAAUCUAACUUUUUUACAGUCUCAUUUUUAUACAAACUUUGCUUCAGAUUGUGCUUCAAAUCAUUAUAGAAAACCUACAGUAAGCUAUCAAAUAUGCACUGUAUGUUCUUGUGCAUUUUCCAACAUUGUAGGAAGAAAAAAAGACACCUGCUUCUCUUCACUGUUAAUAGCUACCAUGCUGCCCCGAGCCUGUUUAAUUGGUAUAUUUCAAUUGCAAAAUUGACCUAUAAUGCUACUGCUGAGAGACACGGUGGAAGGAGAGGGGUAGGGAGGAGGAGGUUUGGGAGAGGGGGGCAGGGGGUGAGCAGGAGAAUUCAUACUCCUUUCUUCUUAAGAAAUAGAUUAGUUUCCUCAGGAGUCUAUUAUCAUCUUUCAAACUCAAUCCUCCUCUGCCUUCAUAGGCCUGGAUGGGAGCUGAUAGCUCCUGGAGCUACUGGUGAGGAAGAAUCCAAUUGCUUCUACCUUCUACCUGACUGCGUAUACCACUGGUGUGUUGCUGGCAGGUUUUCUGUGCAGAAAAAAAGGAAAAUGAUUUGUUUCACAUAUGCCAUGCAUGUCCGGUCAGUGGCUGAGAGAGAAAGGUACUCACUGGCACCGUAAAUUGGUUUUUUUGGCUUGCAUAUGCUGGGGAGCUACUCGUAGAGCUAACAAAAAUCAUCUUUUGAGAUUCUGUAAAGCUAAAAUGGUACUCUUCAUAGGCAACUUUCGCUAUUGAUAUACAGUAUGUAUGCCACAGAAAUAAACAAGGAAAACAUUAAAGCUGCUACUGUAAAUAGAUCACACUGUAAAAAUUAACUGAGACAUUCCAGGGGGGCUCAAGACUAACCCUUUUUUCUAUUUGGGUUCAAGUGUACAGAAAGAUUUGUACCACCUCAUAUUGUAAUAGCAGUAAUAAAUUGUAUUGAUGUAAACGUUAUUAUUAAGAUGAUGUGACCUUAAUUUAUGGAGUUAUAUUGCAAAUUAUUUAAACUUAUAAAUGUGUAUGUGAUCUGUGACCAUCUAGUAUUCUGCUCAUCUUUAUGUAGAAAUGAGCAAUGCAAAGUGCAAAUUGGAUUUCAUCUUCACCUUAAAUUCUUUUUUUUUUUUUUUCAAAUCAGCUGCAGCUUUUUAUUUUCCAGCCAAAGGUACAAUAUCCUCAGGUACUCUGUUUGAUCAUGUAUGAUCACAUUUUAAAAGACCACGACCUUCCUCAUGCUGCAGUUAUCCUAAAGCAUGCAUAGUAAUUGUUGUCAUUAGUCCUUUUCACCAUUAAUAUACCAGGUUAGACUUUUAUCAUGAUAUACUCAAGGCUGUUUUGGGCAUCUGAACCACUUGAAUAGCCCAGAGCUUUUUCAACUACAUCUCAAGGUUUAGAAAUGAUGACUUUGAGAUUAAUUAUGCUCAUCAUUUCUUUCUGUGCUCUCAAUUUAAUGUCUUGUAUAGGAGUCUUUUGUUAAGUCAUAACUACUGCCCUAAACUGGUUAUAUCAGAAAUUGGCACCUUCAAAGUCAGAGCUAUUGUCAUUUGAACAACUGUGUUAAUGAUACUAUUAAAUAAUAGUGUUCGGUCUCUAACUAGAUAACAGGCAGCACUGCAGCAGGCACAGAGACAGAAGGUGCCUUGAGGCUAAACGUAGAUGUCAGGUUAUACAGGCUCUCCCAUACUUAAAGAAAAAAGUUCAAUUUGAUGUCUUAUGUGAUUAUUAUAGCUAUAUAUUGAGAUAGUUAUCCAGAGGAGGUAGGGAAUGGGCCAAAUGCUGAUGCUGAUGCCUGUGUCAGUAAAACUGCACUGCAAAUCCACACGUGUUGUCUUGCAGGCAUUGCAAUGUGUCAGAACCUCUUGAAUAACAUUUACUGUCUAGUAUUUAGUUUGGAGAGUGAAUGUGUAAUUUGAAAAAGAAAUUCAUGUGAUACAUGCAUCACAUCCAUAUGAUGCAUACAAUUUUGUACAGUUAUCUGUAAAAGAAGACAACUUUUUAUUACAACUUUAAAGAUGCUAUAUGUACAUUUUUGCUAUUGCUACAUAGCCAACAUUAGCAUUAACAGCUGUUUACAUACCAGUCUAGAGGAAACGUUCAGCAUCAAACUUCAUUCUUUUACUUAUCAGGAGCUGUCUCCAGCGGUGGAAAGCAGCCUCAAUGUUAACUCUUGUUUUUCUUCUAUUUUAAUCACUUCUUUUCUUUUACUGAGGUCAGCAUGCUAACCAGGUAGCCCUGAGCCAUCCCAUCUCAUAAAACACCUUUGUGAUAGUGAGUCACUGUAGCAUCCAGUCUGCCCUCAGUCCAACAUGAAAGGAUGAAGAAGUAGGGCUGUCCAGAGGGUGUAUUCUAACCUCUUGCAAAUGCAGUGAUGGCUGAAGCUCUUAGUUAGUAAACAACUGUUAAUGCUAUGCUAACAUUGGCUAUGUAGCAGUAGUAAAAACUUACAUAUAGCACCUUCUAACUUUCAUGGCUUGGGUCAUUUACUGACUUUGUCAUAACAUUUUACCUGCCAAAGUAUAAUUGCUGAGAUCUUCAAACACUAAAAAAUUGAUAAAAAUCAGACAGACACAAGCAGCCAAGGCAGGCAGGUUUUAAACAAGAUUUGACAAUUUGUUUGGAAGAGAAAAUGAAUGCAAACAGCUAAAUUAUGAUCCAAACUGUCUCUUGUAGACACCGAUCACAGUUAACAAACAGUUCCUGGUUCAACUUUGACUUACCCUACUUGCCGUAGUUGAAUGCAUUAACUAUUUGCCUUUCCAAUUAUUAGUAGCAUUGUUAGGCUGUCUGUCUGCUUGUGUUUUUUUGUUUGACAAAAUUUUUUAGCGAUUUUACUGCAUUCUGAGAUCUCAGGAAUUAUUUAGAUGAGUACAAUGUCAUCAUAACUGAUAGAAAUGAUGGUGCAAACUAUGAACAAACAAACAUCAGAGACUGUAGUUUUCUUUUCAUUACAACAAAUUUGUUUUUAUCAGUUUAUUCUUGAGAAUCUGUUUAUCGUAGUCAUAUAAGUGACUCAGCAUGUAGCUCUUUUUUCCAGCAGUGUCCUGAGGCUUUGAAUUGUCAUCCAUCCUUUUUGUCUCGCUUGCUUCUGGUUAAGCUCACAGUGGCUUCAAGUGGCAAGCAGAGCAGCCUAACUGUCAUUUUAUUGAGCUGCACCCCUCGGCUGACCUGCUGGGACAUGUAAUCCAGGGUUUCAUGUUUUCUUGUGGCUAUAAAUGAUUUUUUCCACAGUAUGAAUCACUGCUUUUCCUUGGAAACUGCAAGUUUUCGCUAUAACUCAAAUUUGAUUUUAAAACAGAUAAUGUAGGAUAAUUAAUCAGAAAAUGGUGUAUAUUUCUUUUCUGCCAAUCCUUUAAUAUAUAUUAGAUGACAUGUUAAUACUUUUUUAAUAAAAUAAUAAAAAAUAAAGAUUAUACAGCUGUU